CAGAGUGUCCCCAGAGUGUCCCCAGGGCCAUGGCCGACGUCCCCGACCUGUACGAGACCCUGGAGAUCCAGUACCCGCCCCCCCGGGCCCCCCGCCCGCCCCGGCCCCCGGCGCGGUCCCCGCGGUGGCACCGGGCGCUGGGCACGGCCCUGCUGCUGCUGCUGGCGGCGGCGCUGGCGGCGCUGGGCACCCUGUACGUGCAGAGCCGGGGGGAGCUGCGGGCGGCGCGGGCGGAGCUGGCAGCGGCCACCGACCCCCUGUGGGCCGACCCCGACGGUGACACCCCUUCAGCGGCACAGCUGCGGCAGGACCGGCUCGGGCGGUGGCUGCAGGCGCUGGCGCUGGGCUGGCGCUACCACCGGGGCAAGAUUUACCUGUUCUCGGGCCAGCGGCAGCCCUGGGCCGCGGCCGAGGCCGCCUGCGCGGUGACACACGCGCACCUGGCCUCUGUCACCAGCGCCGAGGAGCAGGCGUACCUGGCCCGCGAAGCCCGCGGUGGCUCCUACUGGAUCGGGCUGGCAGCCACGGGCCCGGGGGGCUCCUGGCGCUGGGCAGACGGGACCCCCUAUUCCCCCGAGCGCAGUUUCUGGGCGCCAGGCCAGCCGGACAGCACUGACCACGGCCAGUGGGGGGGGGAGGGCUGUGUCCAGAUCCACCCGGUGGGGGCGGGGCUCUGGAAUGACCACAACUGCAACUUCAGCUUCCCCUGGGUGUGCCAGAGGGACCUCAGUGUCCCCUGAGUGUCCCCCGAGUGUCACCGGAGUGUCCCCCGAGAGCUCUUCCCCAGGGAGGGGAGGGGAAUUUACGGGGGUCUCUGGAAACAGCGGGGUGAUCCCACUAAUCCUGAAGGAUGAAUCCUGCGGGGGGCUCAGAUCCCACCAAAAUCAGUGGGAUGAUCCCAAUAAUCCUGGGGGACGAUCCCAGUAACCCCGUAGGAUGAUCCCCGUCAAAUCCAGGACAUUCAAUCCCCCCAAAAGAGUGGGAUGAUCCAA